AAACUCGGUACCUCUCACGAGUUUCGAUAACGCAGACGAACGUAUAAUGUCACAUUCCUCGGAGAUAUCAUUAUACAAGCAUUUAGACAAAUUUCUCGGAAAUAUCACCGUAAUGACAGUUUCGAUAACUCAGACAAAUAACAAAAUACGAACAAUGUCACAUUUAUCGGAAAUGUCAUUAUACUACAUCUAGAGAUAAAUUUCUCGGAAAAUAUACAUUCAUCAUUGUGGUGGACAUUAACUCUUAUUUUGUUAUUAUUUAGGACGGAAAAGGUCUUUCCUUCGUCGUAUCCUUUUCGAUGAGCGAUAAUACAAUGAAAGGGAGGAAGAAGACGGCGGCGGCGGAACUGCCGGAAGAUAUAAUAUGCAAUGAAAUACUCACGCGUCUUCCGAUCAAAUAUGUGGUACGUUUUAAAACCAUUUCUAAAUAUUGGCAAUCUCUGCUCUCAGCUCCCGAAUUCGUGAAACAACACCGAAUUUGUAGUGCAAUUCGAAAUCCUAAUGAUCAUGACUAUGUGAUAGCUAAGAAGUACAACAAAAUCUACAUGCUUUCUCGCUACAAAGAAAAAUAUUUGCUCCCUGCAAGUAAUUAUCAGUUAAUUGGUUCCAUAAAUGGCUUAGUUUGUCUUGGUAGUGGUCGAAAGUUAGCCUUAUGGAACCCGGCUAUUCAUCAGUAUAAGGAAUUCACACUUCCACCAAGUAGUGACUAUAAAUUUGAUUAUAGUAUGGGACUCGGUUAUGAUGCUGCAAAUGAUAAUUACAAGGUUGUAGUUCUGUCGGCUGAUCUGAGGUCUGCCAGUGUUUACAAGUCUGGUUCGGAUUCCUGGAGUGACAUAACUGUUGCUCAUAACAUAUUUUCUAAGAAUGCACUUGAGAAACGGACUCCAACUACUAUUGUAAAGGACUGUCCUUACUGGACAUGUUCCAGACUAUCGCACGAUGAGAAGAUUGUCGUAUCAUUGGGUGUAGUAAAGUUUGAUGCAACCAGUGACAAAUUCAAGUUGCUGCCUGAUAUAAUGGCAUGUCGACCGAAUUAUAAAUUGCAUUAUAAAUUCGUGGACAUGACAGAUGGCCUGUCAUUGAUUGUACUUGAGGAACGAUCUACAGAUCAUUUUAUGCUGGAUAUAUAUUCUUUGGAGGGAGACGAGGGAUGUGGUGCUUGGAUUAAAAUGCGCAGUAUGGGUCCAAUUGAUUUCCAGAAGCGACAGAGUUCUGUAUCAGUGUUGCAGGUUUUUAAUCAAACAACUUGAAGGUACAGGUUUUUCAUAUGAUGGCUAUAUAAGCUGCUUCAGAUAUAUGCCUACUUUGGUCUUCAUUCAAGGAAUGAAGUCUGUUCACUCUACAACCCAAAGUCGCACAGUUCGUGGCUAUUGGACUCCCCGGAGAUUAAUCAGUUCAUUGAGAAACUAGUCAUCUGCUUCAGGUUAUUUGACAGUCUAGACUUUAUGUUAGUGUCUGAUGAAAUGCUUAAGUGUUUUAUUAAAUGUUUAGGUAAGAGAAUUAGAGGGCAAAAUGUCAUUUGAAUUGCUUUGUACCAGAUUUUUUCCUUGGAUUUCUUUCUGUCUUGUUUGUACUUGGGUUUUGUUCUUUCUUAUAUUUGGUAAUUGGAUGUUGCGACUCUUUCAUAUAACCUAUGCAUUGCAACCGUGCCUUGUGUGUAUGUCUCUUAA